AUUUCUGUAAACUGUAAAUACAUGUGAAAGAUUGAAGCUUUUUUUCAGCUGAUUAUUUAUAUAGUCUAAUGAUCCAUUUCUCUUCAUUUCAUCCCCACCACCACCGCCAAAGAAUUUCAGUAUUUUAUCAAAGAGUCUGAAGUUAGCUUAUCACAGUCCCCGCCGAAUAGGAUGAUGAAGCUCCAAGAAAGCCAUCGCAGCGGAGCUCUCACCGGCGCAGCCUUGCUACUUCUUCUUCUUCUUUUUCCAGCCCACUUUGCUCAAUCCACCACCUCGCCUUCUUCUUUAUCGGAAUGGAAUACACCAAAGCCUCGACAUACACGACUACUCAAGAGUGCCUUACAACGAGAAAACUUGAAAGUGGGAGAAUCUGAUCUAUGGGUUCCUUUAGCUGACCAAGGAUCGAGAUCAUGUGUCGAAACUACUACUACUAUUCCAAAUGUAAAUGAUGAUAAACAGCAAUUACAGUAUGAAUCAUCAUCUGAAGGAUUCAUACAGGUUUUUCUUGAUGGAGGAUUGAAUCAGCAGAGAAUGGGGGUAUGCGAUGCAGUAGCCAUUGCUAAGAUUCUUAAUGCAACUCUUGUCAUACCUCAUUUUGAAGUCAAUUCAGUUUGGCAAGAUUCAAGCACAUUCAAGGAUAUAUUUGAUGUGGAUCACUUCAUUAAUGUAUUGAAGGAUGAUAUUUCAAUAAUUCAAGAGCUUCCCGAUGAAUACAAAUGGAGCACAAGAGAAUACUAUGCAACAGCUAUCCGAGCCACUAGAAUCAAAACCGCACCAGUCCAUGCAUCCGCAAAUUGGUAUAUUGAGAAUGUCUUGCCUGUUAUUCAGAGUUAUGGGAUAGCAGCAAUAUCGCCAUUUUCUCAUCGGCUCGCGUUUGAUAACUUGCCCAUUGACAUUCAAAGGCUCAGAUGCAAAGUUAACUUCAAAGCAUUGAUGUUUGUUCCCCAUAUUAGAGCUCUUGGAGAUGCUCUUGUCAGUCGUUUACAGUAUCCGGCUGGUCAAACUGAAGCAAUUGGUACUAAGUACCUUAGGAAAGUUAAUGAUGCUAAUUAUAACGAAGGGACUGGAAAAUUUGUUGUUCUACAUCUUAGGUUUGAUAAGGAUAUGGCUGCACACUCAGCCUGUGAUUUUGGCGGUGGAAAAGCUGAAAAACUCGCUCUGGCUAAAUACAGACAAGUAAUUUGGCAAGGAAGGGUCUUAAACUCACAAUUCACAGACGAAGAAUUGAGAAGCCAGGGUCGUUGCCCAUUGACUCCAGAAGAAAUCGGGUUGCUACUGGCUGCUUUAGGGUUUGACAAUAGAACUCGAUUGUAUCUGGCCUCCCACAAGGUAUAUGGUGGAGAAGCAAGAAUUUCAACCUUGAGAGAAUUGUUUCCACUUAUGGAAGACAAGAAGAGUCUUGCCACAUCUGAUGAAAGGGCUCAGAUUAAAGGAAAAGCUUCUCUAUUGGCGGCAGUUGAUUACUAUGUCAGCAUGUAUAGUGAUGUUUUCAUUUCUGCGUCUCCUGGCAAUAUGCACAAUGCUGUGGUGGGACAUAGAACUUACUUGAAUUUGAAGACCAUACGGCCAAACAUGGCAUUGUUGGGUCAGUUAUUCUUGAACAAGAGCAUAAACUGGCCAGAGUUCCAAAAGUCAGUUGAAGAAGGCCAUGUUAACCGACAAGGGCAGUUGAGGAUUCGGAAGCCCAAACAGUCGAUUUAUACAUAUCCUGCCCCUGAUUGCAUGUGCCAUAAUUCCUCUCAAGGUGAUGAUGAUCAAGAACAGGACACAACUUGAAGACUAUUAAAUCCAGCAAUUAUUAUUGAUCUCUUAUGAUUUCAGGUAUAGCAAUUAUGAUGUUUAUAUAUAUUAUCAAUAAGCUAAUGCCCCUAUAGUUGUAGAAAUCUUUACACAGGUAGAUUAGAAAGACGCAACAUAUUAGAUAUAUUGUAUUAAAACACCUAGUGUACUUGGAACUAUGGAGAUUGCCACUUAUAUUGGUGGAAACAAAUGUGGCUUUUUACAUCAUUCAUAGAGAGCAUGAGUUCUCUAUUGCAAACUUCUAUACAAGUUUUU